AUGGUUUUGAGAAGAUUCACGCAAUAGUAUAAAAGCGUCUAUGCAUUUUGCAAAGUCGAAUCUUACACUAUAAAACCUUAGAAUACUGUGAUAGAUUACAAAACAUUAACUUAUAAUCCAUAAUAGAAAAUCAAAUUUGAUUCAUCAAACAAAUCAUUACUUUACUAUUACAAACCUCUGGUUUGGACUUAUCAGUUUUAAUUUUGGAUGUAUUUAUUCCCCAUGGUAUUGUUGGGAAAUUUAAUCAAGCACAAUCCUUUUUAUUCAACAUUUCCUGCAGCAUUGCCAAUGAUGUUUACAGUUGAGUUUUGGUUGUUUUUGAGAUGGUUCAAGAAAUUCAAGUAUUUGAGAUACGUCGUGUCUGAAGUCUACUUACAUAAGGAUGGUCAAACUGUGGAAGUAGUAUUUGAAAAGCAAUUUUGGAGAAAAGUAAAGGAAUAAAAUGUGACCCAAAUAUUUUAUGUCACAAAUUUGAAGACUUUGAGUGGAAAUGACAAGAGACCCUUGAAGGGGAAUGUAUUUCCAGAAGAAUGGCCAUAAAAAAAUGAAAUGACUAAAAGAUGGAGAUGGUCAUUUGUUAAAUAUUACCUAAAUCAAAAUAAUUUUCUAGUUUUCCCCUCGAAUCCCAAUUAUGUUAAUUCGGAGAUUUUAAUUGCCGUAAUGAAUGGAAAGAUUAUAAAUACAGCAAAGUAAUAUGUGGAAGAUGUUCAAGGAGAUAUGUUAGAGAUGGUAUAGGAGGGGAAGAUCAAAUCAGAUACAUUAAUAUGA